CACCAUCCCAGCAUCCUUCUACCCACGCACGCCUCUUCAGACUCUUUUUCAACAUGCAGAUCUUCGUGAAGACCCUCACUGGGAAGACGAUCACCCUCGAGGUGGAGUCUUCGGACACCAUCGAUAACGUGAAGGCGAAGAUUCAGGACAAGGAGGGAAUCCCCCCCGACCAGCAGCGUUUGAUUUUCGCGGGCAAGCAGCUCGAGGACGGCCGCACCCUUUCGGACUAUAACAUCCAGAAGGAGUCGACUCUUCAUCUCGUGCUUCGCCUGCGCGGAGGCAUGCAGAUCUUCGUGAAGACGUUGACUGGAAAGACGAUCACGCUCGAGGUGGAGUCAUCUGACACGAUCGAUAACGUCAAGGCCAAGAUCCAGGACAAGGAGGGCAUCCCCCCUGACCAGCAGCGCUUGAUCUUCGCGGGCAAGCAGCUCGAAGACGGCCGCACCCUUUCUGACUAUAACAUUCAGAAGGAGUCGACCCUCCAUUUGGUCCUUCGUCUCCGCGGUGGUAUGCAAAUUUUCGUCAAGACCCUCACGGGCAAGACGAUUACGCUCGAGGUGGAGUCUUCUGACACGAUCGAUAACGUGAAGGCGAAGAUUCAAGAUAAGGAGGGCAUUCCCCCGGACCAGCAGCGCUUGAUCUUCGCGGGCAAGCAGCUCGAAGACGGCCGCACUCUUUCCGACUAUAACAUCCAGAAGGAGUCCACCUUGCAUCUCGUCCUUCGUCUGCGUGGAGGCAUGCAGAUCUUCGUCAAGACCCUGACCGGCAAGACGAUCACGCUCGAGGUCGAGUCGUCUGACACGAUCGACAACGUGAAGGCAAAGAUUCAGGACAAGGAGGGUAUCCCGCCUGACCAGCAGCGCCUCAUUUUCGCCGGCAAGCAACUCGAGGAUGGACGCACUCUUUCGGACUACAAUAUCCAGAAGGAGUCGACUCUUCAUCUCGUACUUCGUCUGCGUGGAGGAAUGCAGAUCUUUGUCAAGACCCUCACGGGUAAGACAAUCACGCUCGAGGUCGAGUCUUCGGACACGAUCGACAAUGUCAAGGCGAAGAUUCAGGAUAAGGAAGGGAUUCCUCCCGACCAGCAGCGCCUCAUUUUUGCGGGCAAGCAGCUCGAGGACGGUCGCACCCUGUCUGACUACAAUAUCCAGAAGGAGAGCACCCUUCACCUUGUUCUUCGUCUGCGUGGAGGUCUGUGAGGUGUUGUCUGUCCCUUGUGUGGAUCCGCGUUCGUGAAUGUAUAACAUACUAGCCGUUGGACAUGAAUGUCAUGUGGUUGUUACGAUUUUU